AUGAUGCCCGUCGUAGACGACGGGGAGGAGCCUCCUCCCCCGAUCACCAUCCUCCUCUUGCGAACGCCAGUAUCCAUGACGAAAGGCACAGAUCCAUAUCAUGACGCUUUCGGCUCGUUUUGCCUGCCAUCGUUCGCAUCCUCAGCACUCGAGUCGGGAACAUCGACGCCGCUUCCAAGCAUGUCUAUGAGCGGAAAGCCUUCUCUCGCAACCACCGCGGAACACGGCGCAAUCGAUCUCAUCCGUACGGCACUCUCCCAGCAAGCUGCUGCCAGCCACAACGCUCCAACAGAGCAUGCGCCAUCUUCUCCACCGCUACCGCUCUCAGCUACCGGCAGACGCAAGGGCAAAUUCAUACACGACCAGCCUCGUCUCAUGACGCAUCACCUCUCCUAUCCCGCCGACGCGAAUGGCAACGAGAUUGAGAUCGAGUACUGCGUCACCUCGUUUCCCAUCCUCGCUCACAAGUUUGUCAACCAGGACCUCUUGAUCGACCGCCUCUUGCAUGGCACAAAGGCUCAGGAGGAUCUGGCUCGCAGUGCAUAUCGAGGCAUGAUCGUGACAAGUCAAAGAGCCGUCGAAGCCUACAUCUCGGCUGGCGUCAAGGCGCAAGAUAUCCUCCGCUCCCAGAGCAAGACUUCUUCCAGUUCUCCUACCCAGUGGACACGGGUUCCCUUCUUUGCCGUUGGACCUGCCACCUCGUCCGCGCUUCGCACCGUGCCUCUCGCUCCAUGGCUGCGUCCUCGUCUCGUCAUGGGCGGAGAAGCGACGGGAACAGGCGAGACGCUGGCUCGCUACGUGAUUCGACACUUCUCGUCGCCCUCCAUCCUGGACCAGAACUCGGAUCUGCUUUCAGCAGAGCAGGCGCCACCCCUCCUCUAUCUCGUCGGUGACAAGAACGCUUCCACAAUACCCGACAUGCUCUCCAGCGCGUCACCACCGACUGGCCCCGUUCCUUUUGAAGAGCUGCAGGUGUACGAGACAGCACCGGAUCCGCACUUUGCCGAAGGAUGCGAAGUGCUGCUCAAAACACUCCCUUCGGUCGUAUCGAGACCGCCAAGUCGACGACCGAGUCACAGCAGCCUCAACUCUCGCAGCGGCAGCAGACGCGCGAGCAGCGGAAGCGCCGACUCGCCAGCGGAUCGCACUGUCACGGCGUCCGUGAGCUCCAACGCCAGUCGAAAGUCAAGCGCCGAUGACCUUCACUCGCGGGCAAGGAGCAGUGCCGAAUUUGGCCGCAAUGCUUCCACUUCAUCCCAUCGCUCCCAUCUCAGCCACGUUCCUUCUGUCGGCACUCCUCUGGGCGUCAGCACCAUGACCUCCACGGAGACAGCAGCCAACAAGCGCCUCGACAGCCUCGCCAUCCCUGCAGCUGCAGGUGGCUCGCCGCAGCUGAUGGCUUCUCCCGCCACGAUCGAGCCUGGUGUCAUCAAUCCUAUUGAAGAAGAGUCGGUGCUCAAGAUGCUGCGGUCCAAGGUCAACAAUGUGAGCGGCGGCAGCGGUAGCAAUAGCGGCGCGCUUCAACGCAUCGCUCGACCGGAUUGGGUGGUCUUCUUCUCGCCCAGCGGCGUCAACUAUGCGCUAGAAGAGUUCCGUCGUCGAAGGUGGAUGCCACCAGAUUUUCGGCAGCAGCAGCAAAAGGAGCAAGCGCAGGCAGAUGGACUUCAGAACAGCGUAAACACCACGGUGACCUCGCAUGCGAUUACAACGGGCAAGGGCUCAACAGGCAGCCCGCGAAAGUAUCCACGAAUCGCUGUACUCGGCAGCACCACACGCGCUUGGAUGGUGGAAAACCUGGGCAUCGAGCCGGAUGCAGUGGCUCUCAAGCCUGGUCCAAAAGAGCUCAAGGAUGCGAUCGAAGCCGUCGAGUUGCGUCUUCGAGCCAAAGCUUGA